GCUUAGUGUUGUCAAACAUCAUAGAUACCUGUGCACCACGCGAAUAUUUCACGGAGAGCAAAGUGGUGCAUCAUGUUCGUGUACGGUGGUUUAGUGUUGUGGAAUUUUUUGGCCGAGGAGUUGUCGACGAAGAUCCUCGGGGUGUUUCUACUGGUACUGUUUUUGGUACGCACCGUCCAGAUGCUGAAGGAGGCCAGCGCGCUGCCGCCCGGCCCUUGGGGGCUGCCCAUCCUGGGAUCGCUGCCCUUCCUCAARGGGGAUCUGCAUCUCCACUUCAGGGAUUUGACGCACAAAUACGGGUCGCUCAUCUCGACCCGACUGGGAUCGCAGCUCAUCGUCGUCCUCAGCGACUACAAGAUGAUAAGGGAUGCGUUCCGUAAAGAGGAAUUCACCGGAAGGCCCAUCACCGAAUUUACAACUCUGUUAGAUGGUUACGGUGUUAUUAACACUGCCGGGAAAUUAUGGAAGGACCAAAGAAGGUUCCUCCACGACGGGUUGAGACACUUUGGCAUGUCGUACAUCGGGAGUAGGAAAACACAGAUGGAGAACCGCAUUAUGCGAGAAGUUGAAGAGUUCCUCUCGGUACUAACAGCGCGAAAAGAUAAUCCGAUUGAUUUGAACCCUGUCCUGGCCGUUUCUUUAUCAAAUGUGAUUUGUGAUAUUUUAAUGUCGGUCAGAUUCUCRCACAACGAYGAGAGAUUCAAACGUUUCAUGUUCCUCAUCGAUGAAGGCUUCAAACUUUUCAGUUCCUUGGAAGCUUCAUUCUUCAUCCCGAUACUCAAAUACUUGCCAGGACAACGGCAAACGCGCGAAAAAAUUGCAAAGAAUCGUGCCGAAAUGGCCCAAUUUCUGCAAGAAACGAUCGAAGAGCACCGCAAAAGCUUCGACCCGUCUCACCUUCGCGACCUCCUCGACACCUAUUUGUACGAAAUUCAGAAAGCUAACGAGGAAGGCACCGGUGAUUACUUGUUCGAAGGCAAAGAUCACGGUAAGUCACUCACUAAUGACUUUGCAAGUUCGUUGCUAAUUGUCGGUUUAGAUCGUCAGAUGCAGCAAAUAAUGGGCGAUUUGUUCUCUGCCGGCAUGGAAACGAUCAAAAGUUCCCUCCAAUGGGCGGUUCUGUUCAUGCUUCAUCACCCCGAAGUGAUGAAAGCAGUGCAAGAAGAACUGGACCAAGUGGUGGGCCGUCGCCGCCUCCCCAAGCUCGAAGACUUACCUUAUUUGCCAGUGACGGAAUCGACGAUGUUGGAAGUGCUGAGAAUAUCGAGUAUAGUCCCGAUGGGCACGACGCACGCACCCACAAGGGAUUUGAAGUUGAACGGUUUUCAUCUGCCGAGACAUGCCCAAAUCGUGCCGUUGCUGCACUCGGUCCAUAUGGACCCCAAUCUGUGGGACGAGCCGGAGAAGUUCAAUCCGAGUCGGUUCAUCAACGCUGAAGGCAAAGUCGUCAAGCCCGAGUACUUUUUGCCUUUUGGAGUCGGGAGGAGGAUGUGUUUGGGGGAGAUUUUGGCGCGGAUGGAGAUUUUCUCCUUCUUCUCCUCCCUUUUGCACUCGUUCGAUAUUUGCGUACCAGCAGGUGAGACGCUGCCGAGUUUGAAGGGCGUCGCGGGAGUCACGAUCAGUCCCAACGCUUUUCGAGUCUGUCUCAAGCCCAGACCCAUGGAAUGGGACUCGAUGGGCACGAUCAGGCCGGCGGGAAGCCACUAGUGGGUUAGGAGCACGGUGACCGAAAGCGUUUCCUAUAAUUUAUAUCGAGGCACAGUACUUAGACAUUCCUCAAUUAGAUAAGAGAUCUCCGACUUGUUCGGCUGUGCAUUGCAAGUGUUCAUUCAUUGUUAGUAUUAACUAUUUUUUUAUUUUAUUAACUUGUGUGCUAGUCACGUCAUCAAAUCCAGUUGCCUUUUUUAUACCAUUAUUUCACGUUACCUGCUGAAAAUUGGCAACUUUCACACCAUUUUAUCAUUUUAGGCUAAGCGACUUGUAAAUAUCACCCUAUUUUAUUUUUUGAUCUUGCUAACUGUACAAGAUGAUAACUUUAAGAUUACUUGUUAGCGAUGAAUUUAAUAUAAUUUUUUUAAUUUUAAUA